AAAAUGUGAUCGUCUCUGAUGAACACCAUGGAGGAACAAACUGCAGACAUAGAGGUGACAGUCAAAACACUCGACUCCCAAAGCAGAACCUACACUGUUGGUGCUCAGUUGACAGUGAAAGAGUUUAAGGAGCACAUUGCCCCCUCAGUGGGUAUCCCUGUGGACAAACAGAGGCUGAUCUACCAGGGCAGAGUCUUGCAGGAGAUACUGACUUUGGCAGACUACAAUGUGGAUGGCAAGGUGAUACAUCUGGUGGAGCGUGCACCCCCUCCACCCUCCCAGCCUGGCUCAGGGUCCGGAGGCACUUCAGCCGACAGCGGGCCCUCCUCUUCCUCCCAUGGAUCGUCACAAGGGCCUCCACAUGAUCGCAAUGCUAACAGCUACGUGAUGCUUGGCACCUUCAACCUUCCUGUGAACAUCAUGGACCCCCAGCAGAUACAGAUGUCUGUUCAGCAGAUGGGUGUCUGGUAUGGGAGACGAAUGCGCAGGAACGCCAGAGUCACAACCAGCACUGGUACAGAUGGUGGAGGGAGAGACUGCAGCCUUUCAUUCAGAGAGCUACACCAUCCUGGAGACGGCCACCGAACGCAGAAUAACAAUAACAAUACAGAAAGAGAGGAGGACCAGCGCACUCUCAUCAUGACGUGGGAGUGUCUCCGUCUCCUUGGUAACGCCCUUGUGGCUCUCAGUGACCUACGAUUGAACCUCAUGAACCCUGUGCCCCGCCACCUGCAUGUGGUCCGGCCAUUUUCCCACUAUGCCAACCCAGUCAAUAUGCCUGGAGCCGUGCACCACCACAUCCCUGUGCAAAUGAACCUGGGUGCCACAGUGACUGCUGCGAGUAACAGCACUGACGGACAGGCACCGCCCACCCAGCCUGGCAGCCAAUCGGAGCAGGCUGGUCCUGGACAAACCCCUCCCUCUCAGUCUUACCCGUCCAAUCAGCAGGCUGGACCGGGACAGGGUGGCCCCCGUGUCAUCAGGAUCAGCCACCAGGCAGUCCCGGUGGUCAUGAUGCAGAUGAACACGGAUGGCCAAGGAGCAAACCCUGCUGCAGCUGGACAGCAAAUCCCGGGACAACCAGGUGCCCUCCCCCCUGACUUCAUGCGCAAUCUGAUGCAACAGAUAAGCCAAUAUGCGACCGCCGUAGCUACCAGCGCUGCCACUGCUGCUGCUACCGGACAGCCAGUCCCCCCCCAGCCCACUCCUCCCGGAUUCAACUCCACAGCCAACUCCUCAACUACCACCACGGGUCCCAACACACCCACCACCACGCCUACUGCUCCCCCGCCACCCCCACAUGGUGGCCCCCAGCCCCAGGCCAGGGUUGUGUUCACCCGUCCCCCCUUUGCACCCAACAUGCCCCCCCCAGCCUUUGGUGCUCGAGGAACCACCAUCAAUGUGAGGGCUGCCAUACCGGGCCAGCAGCCAGGACAGGCUUUCAACCCAGCUGCUCUCAACCAGAUGAUUAGUGGACUGGUCGGACAGCUCUUGCUGCCAGGGCAAAUGGCCGGUCCAACAGUCACUUCCUCCUCCUCCACAUCCACAUCCUCCUCAUCCUCCUUUUCUUCCUCCUCUCAAACCUCCUCAGCCUCCUCCUCCUUUUCUUUCUCCAACUCGGGUCCAACUCCCCCCACUGCAAACCCUUCAAGUCAGCCGGGCCAAUCUGAGACCACCGCCGGUGACCCGCAGUCCCAGGAAAUGCCCCCUGACCUCAGCCAGCUCCUGGGCUCUCUGCUGGGGGGGGCCGGGGUGGGCCCUGGAGGAGCCCCUUCCAUCACUGUCACCACGUCUGGUGUCCCUGCCUUCAUCCAGGGAGUGAGUGAGUUCAUGCAGCAGGCCCAGCCUGUCUUUGUUCCUCCCCCUCCUCCCUCUGGCACCGCCCCUGCUCCUGCCGACGGGCCCACUCCCACUCCCAACCCUGCCGCAGCGGGAGCCGAGGCCCUGAACCCCGAGCUGUUCACAGGCAUCGUGCGCGGCGUCCUGAGCACCAUGAUGGGCUCUCUGGGCCAGGGUCAGAACGACACGGAGAGCAUCGCCCAGUUCAUGCAAAGGCUGUCCCAGGCCACCAACAUCUUCAUCAGUCCGGAGGAUCCCACCGGAUUCUUCGGCGAGCUGCUGAUGUUGGUGUGCCAGACGUUCACCAUGUCAGACCUGGUGAUGCUGCUCCAUGGUCAUCACCAGCCUCUCGGACGCAUCCAGCCUCAGCUGUCCCAGUUCUUCACGCAGAACUACCUCAACGGCAGGGAGCCCACUGAUGAGAACAUUGCUGCUGCGGCUGACACUCUUGUCAACGAACUGGAGGAGUAUAUCAGUGAGAGCUUUAGAGAGUCUUCAGUCACAGUGUUGGAGGGCGUCGAUGCUACUCAGACCAACAUGUCCUUCUUCAGGCAGCAGCUGAUGCUCAUUGCCACACACAUCCUGCGUUGCACGGAUGACUCAUUCGGGCCCCGGCUGCUCCAGAUGUGUAACCAGGCGCUGUUUGAGUGUCUGGCCCUCAACCUGCACGGCCUGAGAGGAGACCAGAGAGCCCUCACCGCAGUCAUCAACCACCGAAUCCGGAGGAUGUCCAGUGACAUCAGCCCCAGCCUGGUCAACUGGAUGACCAGCAUGAUGACCAUGAGGCUGCAGGUGAUUCUGGAGCACAUCCCCAUCACCCAGGACCAGAUCCAGAACUACAUAGUUCACACGCAGGGAGAUACGUCUUCUGCCACUGGCACACAAGUGCCUGAACGAGCACAAAGUGCAACGAUCGCGGACACCCUCUCUCCAGCUGCAGCCACCACAGCAGAGGAGGCCAUGAACGUGUCACACGACACAAGGGCGUCGUCAAGGGAACCAAGGGUGUUGCCUGGAGACCUGGGGGCCUCAGGAGGAGCCGCACCAUUAGGUGGCGACAUGGCAGCGGCGGGAGCUGAGGGGGGCAGCGAGGAGUCUGCUCGAGACUCUGAGGCCUGGGCCGCCUCCGUUCCACCUGAAUGGGUGCCCAUCAUCAGGUGUGACAUGAUGACCCAGAGGAAGAUGAAGGCUCAGCCCCCGCUGUCUGACGCUUAUGUGCACGGCAUGCCAGCUAAACGCAGGAAGACCGGACUGAGUGGGGGAAGCCUCCUCUCCCUCUCGGACGCCGUGAGCCAAGCGGCCAGGACAGCAGGAGUGAAGCCCAUCACUUCUGCUGAGCACUUACAGGAGGACCUGGACACCCAGGAGCUCAGAGAAGCGUAUGCAGAGCAGGUUAAAGCAGACAUCAAGAAACGAGUGAGGGAAGACCCAGAUUUCAACCCUCAGCAUUCCCCUAACGCACACAGAGCGUUCUUAUCAGACUCGUAGUCAGGUCCAAAUGCUAUGAAACCCGUAAGCCGCUUUCCUUUUUAUUAUUUUCUCAGAUCUUCAUUCGACUUCUUCUCACUGCAGCUUCGCCCCCUAAAACUGCCGGUAUGGCUUUUUAAGCAGUUAGCCGCUCUCUUGACUAAUUGCCUCAUGCUAAUGUGACUCCUUCUCCCAGUGCCUAUUUAUUUCUUCUUGUUUAUUUUGGUCCAACUUCUGCUGAGAGAACGUUCCUUGUGAAAAGGUUUCAGAUUUUAAAUUUGACUAAAUCAUGUCACUUUACUUCUGUCUUCUUCUACUUCUGUCUGUAUGUCCUCUUUGCCCACAUAUCCUUGUGUUGCUUUGUUUAUAUGGAGCCUGGAUUCUAAUUGUUUAGUGGACUUUAGCCUUCCUGUCAAUACUCUCAAACGCAAGGGUAUACUUUCAUGUAAUGGACAAGCUGUUUGCUACAUGAAUGUACAGUAAGCUUAAUAAAAAUCUUGAUACAACA